CUAGGCAGAGAAAGAGGUGGAAGCAGAUCGAGGAGAGGCAUGAAGAAUAUCCGCGGGAUCUAAGCUAACGGACGGGGAAAGCAUCUCUUCCCGCACUUGUUGGAGGGCGACUGGAGACGGAGGAAGGCAGCGGUGCUGACCGAAGGCAUGAUGGAGGAGAAGCAGUUCCUUUGUGGGGUGGUGGAAGGUUUCUAUGGGAGGCCAUGGUCUAUGGAUCAGAGAAAAGUUCUCUUUCAGUGGAUGCAGCGCUGGGGGCUGAACACCUACCUGUAUGGCCCAAAAGACGACCUGAAACACAGACUGCUUUGGAGAGAGGUCUAUUCUCCUGAAGAGGAGGGUAAGUUACGUACUCUCAUAGUGGAGGCCCAGUCUAGAGGUCUGAAGUUUGUUUACGCGUUAUCUCCUGGUCAGGACAUCGUCUUUUCUUCUUCCUGUGACUUGACUCUAUUAAAACGCAAGCUGAGACAGGUAUCAGACCUGGGUUGCCAGGCAUUUGCCAUUCUGUUCGAUGACAUAGAUCACUCCAUGUGUCAGGCCGACAGCGAGGCUUUCGCUUCAUUCGCUCAUGCUCAGGUCACAGUAACCAAUGAGAUUUAUCGGUUCCUAGGUGAACCACCUGUCUUCCUAUUCUGCCCCACAGAAUACUGCGGUUCUCUAUGCUCUCCUAGUGUAUCCAAGUCUCCCUAUCUACAAACUGUUGGGGAGGACUUGCUGCCUAAUAUAACAGUAAUAUGGACAGGUAGUAAGGUCAUUUCCAGGAAGCUGUCUGUAGACUGCCUCGCUGAGGUGGAGUCUGUCCUCCAGCGACCUCCGCUCAUAUGGGACAACCUGCACGCUAACGACUACGACUCCAGACGUCUCUUCUUAGGGCCUUUUAAGGGUCGAGAGUCCCAGCUGAGGAGCCACUUGAGGGGCUUGCUGCUCAAUCCCAACUGCGAGUUUGAAGCCAAUUACAUCCCUCUACACACCCUGGGAAGCUGGCACAGAGCAGGACAAGAGGACAUGAAAGAUGAGGAGUGUGAGUACUGUCCUGAAAGAGCUCUCUCUGCUGCACUACAUGACUGGUUGGAAGAACUCAACCAACCUCUGCAAGCAGGUCGGCAGAGCGUGAGGACAGACCAGCGUGCUUCUAUCCCAACAUCACGGUGCAAAACUCCAGACAGGUCCGACUGUCCUUCCACCUUCAGGGGAACCUCUACUGUGACCAAACUUCCAGUCUUUCCACUGAAUUCCAGCUCCCCUCCCUCCUCACCUACUAUGGUUAAGAGGGACAAGGAGGGUCAAGAAGAGGAAAAAAAGAGAACAAACCACCAAAGCCAACCCACUCAGCAACUGCCAGGAUCCAGGGCUGGAGCACCCACAGGCGGAGGCCGGGGACAGAGGUUCCAAGGUCGGGGUCACUGUGGUGGGAAGGGCCUCUUAAGUGAAUCCCAGGUGCGGCUGUUGGUUGGUCUUUACUAUCUUCCCCACGAGCACGGGCCUUCAGCUCAGAAACUGCUGCAGGAUCUGACCUGGCUGAAGAUAAACUGCCACUUGGUCAGUGCUAACAGCAAGAAAGCACCGCCUCAGAAGGUUGAAGAGUGGCGUGGCCGGGCCUCUAGGUUCCUGUCUCUGUGUGAAGAUAUAGCACAGCUUCACUGCAGUGUGGUGGGUGGGUCUAACAGGGCUGUCCUCUACGACCUUUACCCUUAUGUUUGGGACCUGAGGAACACUGCUCUGGUUGCAAAGGCCUUCAUAAGCUGGCUGGAUGGGCGAGUGCUGAGUGACAGCUCCACCCUCGGCUCCUGGAGGAACUGCUUUGACUGGUGUGGGAAAACCACAGGAGCCGACGUGCUGGGUGUGGACUCUGAGCCAUGGGUGUUCAAAGGAGGCGUAUCUGGGGAGGUGCAGAUGCUUCUACCAAUAGGCAGCAACAACGAACUUUUUACUCAUCCUCCUCCGCUCUUCCCUACCUCCCGUCUCUACAACAUCAGACCUUACCACAGCAAAGACAAGGUGGAGCUGUACCGAAUGGUCCGCCAGUUCCACCUGAGGACGCAGGGAGGCCAGGAGUCCAGCACAGCUCACCCUGAUGUCAUAGGAGACAGAUGUCUUGGUCCGUGCCUGGCGUUGAGCCCUGAGUAUAGCUUCAUCCUGGAAGACGAGCUUGGUGUUUGUGGCUGUGUGCUUGGCAUCUUAGAUGUUCGAUCCUUUGCCAAGCGGUGCCAGGCCAGCUGGAUACCUGCCAUGAGGGACAAAUACCCACCCAAAGGGAACAACACAUAUCCCAACACACAGAACUUGAUCCAGUUAAUGGAGGAAGACCAGGGUGAGUACCCAGACUCUCUCCUCUAUCACUUCCCCUCUCAGCUGCGAUUGGACGCGCUGCCUGAGCUGGUGGACAUCAGUGUCAGCCGAACCCUGCUCACUGCUCUCCUUACUGCACUCAAGGCCAACGGUUCUCAAGGUGUGUUCUGUGAGGUGCAGCCAACGGACCGUCAGAGGCUGGAGUUCUUGACAAAACUGGGCUUCCUGGAGAUCCUGAGAGGAGAGGCCAGAAGCAGAGAAGGGGUUGUGCUGGGAAGGCUGCUCUGAACAUGAAAACACUUGAAACACUCACAUAAACAUUCACAUAGUUGCACACUAAAGCCCUUUUCAGACAUGAGAUACGCAAGUUAAGAACUUCAUCGAUCCAGUCAUGUGGCAGCGUUCAUUCAAUCAGACGUUGGUCUCUCAUGUUGAUGCUGCUGGUGAGAGGUGGCCCCUACAUCAAGACAAGUUUAACACAAUAGUCUGUUUCGGUUUUCCUAUAACUUGUAAUGUUGAAAUAAAACUAAUAAAAGCAUGUCAUACAUCGCUACUCUACAUGUUUAAGCUCAUCACACAGUUAGUGUUAUAAUUAACAUUGGCAUGCACUCAAAGACCAACUAUAGUUUUAUCAAUUAUUUUGGGGUCAAGCUCUAAGAAACACAAAGCUUUUGCACCAAAUAAGAGUAAGAAUAAACAAGGAUAGGGGAAUUUUGGACAGCAUGGGUAUGUAUGUAUUUAAUGACAUGAUCUGAAUUUUUAUUUACCAGAUUUAAGCUCAACACUACUGUGUGUGUUAGUCUGUUGAUGUCAAAGUCGGAGCCAAUUAAGUUUUUUUCCAAAGUGUUUUACAGAUUUAAUUAAAUGUACACCUAAUGCAAAGCAAUAACAGUGAAAUAUAAAAAAACACAGAUAGGAAUAAAAGAAGAAGAAAGUACAGUAGUAACACACAAUGAUGCAUUCGGGUCUUAUUCUCUACUUGAGCGGCAGUAGUUUGAAUAUACCCAAACUCAAAGAUGUGUUUCUAUGGAGAGGUGUUCCACAGGUUAGUGAAUUCCACUAGACUCUGACUUUGUAAGAUUGAAGGAAAGCACUUGUGGCUCAGUAAAGUGUGACAAGUUGCCAUCAGAUAAAUGGAAACGUCUGAAAUGGGCUACAUACACCACUAACAGCAACAGAGAUUUGCACUCAGAGUUGAUACACAAAGGCACUAAAACACACAGUAAGAUGCUGUAAACACAGUGUGCACAGUGUGGUAUAGAGGCUUCUAAGCUCCUCCAGGAGAGGAAAGUUUUUUUAGGGAUAAUUUUAGAUUCCUUUUAGUCUGUGUGGCAGUAGUAGAGAUGAACCCAGAGAUUUCUGAGGGAUUUACAAAAUAUGAGCCAGGCUUUGAGUUGAAAUCUUUUGAGGAGACGUGUUAAUCUGUGUCAGAAUUCUCUCCUGGUUCAGUAUUACCAGAUUUAUUCAAGUUUCAAGGAAGGAAAGAACAAUGUGGUUUUAUAUGGGAGUAGAGCAUCAGAUUCCAGGAUUUUUUUUAAACCAAGAAAAAUCAGGGUUUUUACUCACAUGGGACAAUUUGUGUGUGAAAGGGGUGAGGUGCACAAUUGUCCAAAUGUUUAUAUUGUAGGUUCAGUUUAACUGCUCUCAUCAACAAUGUACAAACACAAAAAAAGAAGAAAAAAAAAGACAAAAAAAAAAAGAUACUGUAAGUUGCAAAGCAGGUAUUUUAGAAUAAGCAGUUACAAAUCUUCUCUCAACAGCUCACUUAUCUUUAGAUGUAAAUUGCUGAUGUGUCCUUUAGCAAAGCAUUUAACCAUAAUAAGCCUAAGA